AUGGCGAUCGGGACCAAGAGGAAGCGGGGACCCGACGGAUCCACGAACAACACAGCCAAGUCUGAGUGUCCUGUGAAGAAGGAUCUAUUGGUUCAAUGCUACAACAGAGUGCAGACCUUGCGGCAGUAUCUACAAGCGAAGCUGCCGUCGUCUUCAAGACUGAGGAGGAAAAAGGUUGCGAAUAUCGGCCUGGGCGAAGAGGAGCCCACCGAGCUCGAGGCGUCUAAGGGUGAUGAGUCGUACGUGACUAUAUCAGGCAGUCCCCAAGCCAUGUCCUUUGCGCAGUCCGAAGUGAAGACGCUGAAAUCGGCCCCUUGGCCACAAGUUCUUGCACUACUGGGCCAAUCUGGCGAAGGGAUCAUAAUCGACUUGCUGGUUGACUCUUCCAUCUUCAUAGCUGUCGAUGCCGGCUAUGGCAACUACUUCCAGUCGCCGCCAGAGCAAUCGCCACCUGAGGAGACCGACGCUGCCAAACGUCAGAAUUAUGUCAACGCGCUCAAGAUUGCAAUGUAUGUGUUUCCGAGACAAUUCAGGCUGCACAACGCGUUCACGUCGCACGUCGAUUGGAAAACUACUGCCCAGAAGUUCCAGGACUACACGCUGCGGGAAGCUGAGGUGCGCCUCGCAAAGGCUCCCAUGGCGAAGGAUGUCGCCUUGCCGCAGGCACAGACCAGAAAGCGCUCAAAGAAAGCUGGACGAAGCACUCAGCCUGCGUUGACCCAACUUGAUUAUAAGUCGAUUACAGACCUGGCCUCGCCGACUGCGCAUGUGUCUGCCUUCUGCCAAGCUGCUCUGUCCAAAGUAGUACCGGAUGGUUUCUGGGGUGCAAACGAGACCCUGAAGCACAACAAAAGAACGUUCCUUCGCAAAGUGGAUCAUUUCAUCAAGCUGAGGCGUUUCGAGACGAUGUCGCUGCAUGAGAUAGUGCAGGACUUCAAGGUCGUGGACAUUGCCUGGUUACACCAGCGACAUCUGGGUGCGCAAAAGACCAGCCAGACAGAUAUCAACAAGCGGUACGAGAUCUUUCAUGAGUUCUUGUACUAUGUCUUUGAUUCACUGCUCAUCCCUCUCAUACGAAGCAACUUUUACGUGACAGAAUCGAGCACGCACAGAUAUCGCGUGUUCUACUACCGGCAUGAUGUAUGGAGGCGGGUCGCUGAGCCUGCCACGGCAGCACUCAAAGAGAAUAUGCUGGAGGAAGUCAAGACGGCUGACGCGAGCCGUGUCCUCAGCUCACGUGGUCUCGGAUUCAGCCACUUGAGACUGCUGCCGAAAGGGCAAGGGGUGCGACCCAUCAUGAACUUGAGGAGGAGGCAGAUGCAAGCAAACGGAGGAGCCCUGAGGCCCAGUAUCAAUACUGUGCUGGGACCGGUGCAUACGCUGCUCAAGUUGGAAAAAAUCAAGGGGUUCAAACAAACCUUGAAACCUGGCCAUGGAAUGCUGUACUUUGCCAAGUUGGACGUUCACGCAGCAUUUGAUACCAUCCCUCAGGAGGCCGUCAUUCGCCUCAUGGCAACUGUCCCCCAAAAGGCGUCUUACAAUGUGGCCAAACAUGCCGAAAUCAAGCCGGGGGAACGUGCAAUUGCCGAAGCCAACAAGACUGCCACGAAACCCAUCCGUCGGUGGCAUGCUACCGCCCUUCGGAACGGCGAAUUCAAAACCUUUCAUGAACGCCUGGAGGAGGAUCUAGGCCAGCGAAAGAAAAACACCGUUUUCGUCGCCAGCGCAGCACAUCAACAGCACAACAGGAGCGACCUCCUGUCUCUCUUGGCAGAGCACGUCUCCCAGCACCUCGUCAAGAUUGGGAAGAAGUACUACCGCCAGAAGACGGGGAUUCCGCAGGGGUCUGUGCUCUCGUCCUUUCUGUGUAACUAUCUAUACGCUGAUCUCGAGAUCCACCACCUCGACUUUCUUGGUGGCGAAGAUUGCCUGCUCCUCAGACUCAUCGACGACUUCCUCCUCAUCACCCUGGACAGGUCCAAGGCGGAGAGGUUUGUCGAGACGAUGCACAGAGGGCUGCCAGACUAUGGGGUGCAGGUCUCUGCCGCCAAGACGCUGGUAAACUUUGAGAUGGCCCUCGGCGGAGAGGUUGUCAGUCAAGUAGGCAAGGGGGCAGGUUUCCCGUACUGUGGGGUGAGGAUCGACACCAAGACACUCGAGAUCUCCAAGGAUAUUGAGAGAGAGAAGAAGACUGCUAUUGGAAACUCGCUGACGGUGGAAUACGGGAGGUCACCUGGACAGAACUUUGAGAGGAAGGUCUUGGGCAAGUUUCCCGGCAAUCAGAUUCACGGUGAAGAUCGGACUAUCAUCAAGCUGUCAGGCCUUGCGUUAAGGCUCUUGACUGGGAGGUCGAGGAAAUUGCGAAACCCAGAAUACCAGUGCGACAUCCGCAGGGGUCAGGUUGCCAUGGCGGCAUACGAAGCAUUCGCUGCAUUUCUCCGCCGGAAACAGACAAAGUACACGAGUGUUUUGGCUUGGCUCGAUGAGGAAGCAGGUCGUCUGCGAGGCAAAACCUGGUUCAGCCCCUGA